AUGGCAGUAGGAGGAACUGUAUUGGAAAUCCCAUCGAUAGUCUUCUCGAAGGCGGAGGCAAUCAUCGACUCCAGGACCGUGAUCACUCGACUUCCGCCGACCGCAUACAAUGCCAUGAGGAUGGCUUUUCGGAAAGAGAUGGCAAGCUACAAGAUGGCAAAGAGUUUCGAACUCUUUGACACUUAUGAUCUCCGCAACACAAAGUCGGUCGUCGUCCCAAAGAUAAGGUUCACCUUCAGUGGAGGCACGUUCAUGGACUUGGAUCAUAGCGGCAUAUUGUACACCAUAAGCGAUUCACAGGUUUGCCUCGCGUUUGUGCCAAACAAUGACGACACCAACAUCAUCAUCUACGGAAAUGUGCAGCAAACGACGUUCGAGGUGAUCUAUGAUGUUGCCAGAGGACAACUUGGUUUUGCCCCUAAUGGUUGUAUGUGA